CGGGGGCCAUGGGACGGGUGAAUGGAGGGCGGGGUCGUGAACUACAGCGCGGGGCGGGGCCCGGAGUGACCCUGCGGGGCCGGGGGCAGUUAACGGAUGUGGCGCGGGGCGGCGGCCCGGCUGGCGGCCUAGCGGGGGAUUCCCUCCUGCCCCUAGGGCAGGCCUCCCUCCGGAGGAAGGGGCUGCGGGGAUUCCCUCUCCCGCCGGGUCCGAGAGCCCGCCCGCCCCAUCCGCGGAGACGCUCCCCCUUGCUCCGCGCCCUCCAGGCCCGCUGGCGGUGAGGGAGGUGGGGUGAGGAGGUGCCCGCCCCCGCGGCUCCUCCUUCCCCCCGGCCCUCCCCUCCCUCCCCCCUCCCCCCGAGCCGGUUUGUCCCUCCCCUCCCCUCCCCUCCUUCCCCCCGCCGCCUCCUCCUGCCGCUGCCGCUGCUUUGGCUGCUGCGUCAUACGCCCCAGAGCCGCCGGGACGGAGGGGCUGGGCCUGGGGACCCCCCGGUCUCUGCCUGCACGCCCCCCCGACGCCCAACCGUGCCCUCCCCGCGCGGGGGUUUCACCUCAGUCUCCCACGUCUGCCUCUGCCCGGCUCCCGGCGGCCCCAGCUGUCACUGGCCCCCCCCAGGAUGCAAUGGCACAGCCCCCCCGGCUGAGCCGCUCUGGUGCCCCCCCACUUUGGGACCCAGCUUCCCCUGCUCCCACCUCAGGCCCCCGGCCUCGACUUUGGGAGGGUCAAGAUGUGCUGGCCAGAUGGACAGAUGGGCUGCUAUACUUGGGGACCAUCAAAAAGGUGGACAGUGCUCGGGAGGUGUGUCUGGUUCAGUUUGAGGAUGAUUCCCAAUUUCUGGUUCUAUGGAAAGACAUUAGCCCUGCGGCGCUCCCUGGGGAGGAACUCCUCUGCUGUGUAUGUCGCUCUGAGACUGUGGUCCCUGGGAACCGGCUGGUCAGCUGUGAGAAGUGUCGCCAUGCUUAUCACCAGGACUGCCACGUUCCAAGGGCCCCAGCCCCUGGAGAGGGAGAGGGCGCAUCCUGGGUCUGCCGCCAGUGCGUUUUUGCCAUCGCCACCAAGAGGGGGGGUGCGCUGAAGAAGGGCCCCUAUGCCCGGGCCAUGCUGGGCAUGAAGCUGUCCCUGCCGUAUGGACUGAAGGGGUUGGACUGGGACGCUGGGCAUCUGAGCAACCGGCAGCAGAGCUACUGUUACUGUGGCGGCCCUGGGGAGUGGAACCUGAAGAUGCUGCAGUGCCGGAGCUGCCUGCAGUGGUUCCACGAGGCCUGCACCCAGUGUCUGAGCAAGCCCCUCCUUUACGGGGACAGGUUCUAUGAGUUUGAGUGCUGUGUGUGUCGGGGGGGCCCUGAGAAGGUCCGGAGGCUACAGCUUCGCUGGGUGGAUGUGGCACAUCUUGUCCUGUACCACCUCAGUGUUUGCUGUAAGAAAAAAUACUUUGAUUUUGACCGUGAGAUCCUCCCCUUCACCUCUGAGAAUUGGGACAGUUUGCUCCUUGGAGAGCUCUCAGAAACCCCCAAGGGAGAACGGUCUUCCAAGCUCCUCUCUGCUCUCAACAGCCACAAGGACCGUUUCAUUUCAGGGAGGGAGAUUAAGAAGAGGAAAUGCUUGUUUGGUCUCCAUGCUCGGAUCCCUCCCCCUGUGGAGCCCCCUCCUGGAGACGGACCCCCUACCAGCUUCCCUUCAGGGCAGGGCCCUGGGGGAGGGGUCUCACGUCCCCUGGGGAAGCGCCGGAGGCCGGAGCCAGAGCCCCUGAGGAGGAGGCAGAAGGGGAAAAUGGAGGAGCUGGGGCCGCCCUCAGCAGUGCGCAGCCAGCCCGAGCCCCAGGAGCAGAGGGAGCGGGCUCGUCUGCAAAGGGCACUGCAGGCCUCAGUGUCUCCACCACCCUCCAGCCCUAACCAGAGUUACCAGGGCAGCAGCGGCUACAACUUCCGGCCCACAGAUGCCCGCUGUCUGCCCAGUCCCAUCCGGAUGUUCGCUUCCUUCCACCCCUCUGCCAGCACCGCAGGGACCUCUGGGGAUGGUGAACCCCCAGACAGGUCACCCCUGGAACUUCACAUUGGUUUCCCCACAGACCUCCCUAAAAGUGCCCCCCACUCGAUGACUGCCUCAUCUUCCUCAGUCCCAGCCCCCUCCCCAGGCGUUCCCAGACGCUCAGCACCCCCUUCUCCCCUGUGCCGUAGUUUGUCUCCUGGGGCUGGGGGUGGAGUCCGAGGUGGGGUCGGCUACCUGUCCCGUGGGGAUCCCGUCCGGGUCCUUGCUCGGAGAGUGCGGCCUGAUGGCUCAGUGCAGUACCUGGUUGAGUGGGGAGGUGGGGGCAUCUUCUGAACAGCCUGCCUCUGCCCAACUGCCCAUUGACACACACCGGCACUUUCAUACCCUGACCUCUGACCUCACCUACAGCUGGGAUGUACCUGGGGCACUAGGAGGGGUAUGUCCCCCUACUGUCCAGGCUGGAAUCCAGGUUGGGGGUUGGGGAAGAGGCUCACUCUCCUCUACUCCCUUCACGGUUCCUGACCCUUCCCCCCAACCAUUCCCUCAUUUCCUUUGAUGUUAUUUUGUUACAGCUUUUUAAAUAUUUUUUAAAAUUAUUUAACCCCUGGGGACGGAGACUGAGGAGGGGAGGAGAACAGAUCCUGGGCUCUGUAUCAUUGAAAUAAAGAUAAAUAAACAAA